AUGCUUUCGCUUCCCGACGAGCUGCUUGAAGCCGUGCUGGACGAGACUGGCGCCAGACGCGAUCUUGUCGCACUCGCGCUCAGCUGUCGACGCGUGCAUGCGACGGCCGAUGCUAUCGGCGCAUUGAAGUACUCUCGCAUCGUCGCGCUAUUCGGACACGACAACCUCUGGACGCAUCUCAUCUCAAGCCCUCACUUGGCCUCCCAGGUCCGCGAGCUCGAGAUCUAUUGCGACGACGCCUCCAGUGUGCUCGAGUCUAUGGCAUUCAGCGCAGAUGAGCUGUCUUUAUCCCCAGUGGCGUCUGCCGUGGAGCCAGAGAAGAUCGCUCAAGCGCUGCGCCUCAUGAAGCGACUGUACUCUCUCACUGUACAUCUCUCCAAGAACAUGGACGAGAAUCAGACACCAUUGAACUCCGGACUCCUGUCCGUGAGCUGUAACAACGCUCGAGCCGGCCUCGAUACGCUUCGGGUCCGUGCUUACCCCGUGGUAGACAUCGCAUCGCUCGAGCAGCCACCCAUCAUCCCGGACAGCUUGAGCUGGAACCUAACAGCCCUGCGAGUACUCGAUUUGCGGGGUACCGGAUACGUCCCCGCAUCGUUCUGGAAGCGGAUCUGCGGCGUGAUGCGUCUCUCGACACGCCUUGAGGAGGUUUACCUACCCCAGCUACGCUUAGGUGGAGUCGCGGAUAGCGACUGGUCGUUCUUACCGCAUUUGCGCGUUCUACAUGUCCCGGACAUGCGUACAUCGGUAGCACACGAGGUGCUCAACUUCGCGAGCGCACACCCACAGCUCGAGGAGUUCUCCUGGCAGAGUCCUGUCCCAUACGACUUUCUCACGACAAACAACAUGCCCCGCUUUCCGAGGCUCCUCCGCCUGGUGGAGACGUCGCACGUAUUCAUCCGCGCGCUCCUGACCCUGCCUCGUACGCCAGGUAGCCUGACACUGGAGACUCUCGAAGGGUUCGAGCUGAGCGCUGAAACGAUUCCUUUACUCCUUGCUUUGCGAGGGGAGAGACUCGUAUCUCUGACCUUAUCGAGCCUCGACGAGAAGCGCACUCUUCUGGAUGCGGCUCGGUUGCUGCCAAACCUGCGGAAGCUUCGCAUCCUUCACCAGGUGAAGGGAGAGCCGGUGAGCGUUUGGGAGGCGGCCAGGGCGUUCCCUCGCCUGAGGGCAUUCGCGAACGCCACCGCUAUUUAUACGGUAGAGGGAACUCCCUGA